UAUCACAAACUUCGGCGAUUUCAUUCUCAUAUUAAUUUUCAACGAUAUUUCAUUAAUUUCGUAAAUUUCGUGGUUUUUUUUUUAGUGUUUUUGAUUAAUAUAUGACUUCUAGUAUCGUUAUAUGUUGUGAAUAAUGAAUAUUACCUCGAGUUACAGUGUUUUAGUGAGCUUAGAAGGAUGAAACAAAGUUGCACGAUUAAAUGAAUUUAAAGUUCUUUGCAAGUGUUAUUUUAAUUCACCACAACAUUUACUCGAUAGCACGAUCGCAAAGCAAUUCUCUAUACGUAAAUUUAGUUUUAUUCAAUGUGAAAUAAUGGAAAUAUAACAUCGAAUUUGAAAUCGCCGAAGUUUGUGAUAUAAAGUCCCGUUUUGAUAAGCACCUAAGAGCACAGAAUAUCACUGACCAAUCACGUACCACGAAUGCUAGCGCCCUCUGGGGAACGUGGAAGUCCGAAUCAGUGCUCACCAAAAUGUGAAAGGUUAUUCUGGAACACCCUGGACUACUUCUGGCAGAGAAGAAUGCAACCAGUUAUACAUCAUCCGUCAUCGCGUGGUGGAUGGUGUUUCUGGAAAACAUGGAUACGUCGCUGAUGAUAAUAAUAUAAGUACCUAAUCCUCUUCUUCAUCGAAUUGAAAAUGCGAUGAAAUUUAGAAGAAAUUUUUCGCAUCGCAUUAGCCGCUAGUUACCAAUAAUUUUCAAAUGAGGAAUUUCUCAAUUAUUAUUAUCAAGAAUGAAUGCGGCGAUAGUGAAACUACAUUCGCUCGAUAGUUACUGCGGCUAUUUAAUGCCUAUACAGAAAGAGAAAUAGGUACUCGUGGCGACAUAUUUACGUAUAAGCCUAUAGAAAUAUCGAAAAUGCAGCCCUGAAUUUGUAUUGUUCCUAACCGCGUGCAUAAAACUACUCGUAUACAAAAUGGCAAGCACAUACGCCUCUAGUGAUAAAUCGGAUUCGAGUAGUUACUACGACGAACCUCGGCAUUUAUACGCGAACGCGAACGAGAAAGUCGCAAAAUGCGAAAAAACUAAAGGAAUAGGAGGAUUACACUCUAGAAUAAUUCCGAUCUUUCGAAGAGGCGCGUUGACGGCCAAACAAAGUAAAUGCGCUCAUUCGGCCGGCGCCGGCUCGGCUUCGGCGUUUGUACCUGGUAAAAAAGUUAGCUUUAUUAACCAAAAUCAGAAGAGCGGUUUUAGUUCCUCAAUGUCUACAGACCACGUGUCAACUCAGGGUUACCCACCGGUUAGAACUGUUCCUAGUGUUCCUGUCGCCAUUGAAAGGCGACCCUUGUACGAGAACAUACGCAACAAUAACGCAUCACCGCUCGAUGUGUUUUUGUAUAAAAAAAACGUCGCCGCCCUUUAUAGCGCGACGACGCGAGCCAAAGAGAAACCUAUCGCAUCUGCGAAUGGUCGUCGUAUCGAAAAACCAAAACUGAGAACCGGCUCAUCCAUUACCACAUCGUUUACCGCAGAUUGGCAAAGAUGUUCCGGCUCCGAAUCUGGCAGCGAAGCCGAAGAAAUCAAACGCAUUUUUGAGCAAAAUAAUAACCAAGGAAACCGGGUCGAUGAAGAGCGCAGAAAUCGCGCCAAUCGGCGCGAAGAUGCCAGACGUCAUACGCUGACCGGAGAUCACCAUCUCGGCGUUAAUUACCAGCCGAAUAAUAUAAAUAAAAGCGUGGAUUUGGAAUCGUAUUUUCAGUCUCCGUUAACCAGAGGCAGAGGAUAUGCUCCGCCGUCAAAUUCCGUACUAUUCGACGAAGAUCCCGGUAUCAUGUCCGAGGUGGAGACCAGUUCGACCGGAUUCCGAAGGGGAAAUAAACUGCGUAGCUCUUUACCAGUAGUCAAAACUCAUUCUAAAACGCUCGAAAGGCCGCUAGGUCUUGUUUUUUUGCAAUAUCGAAACGAAACCAAACGAUCUCUGUUGCCAAAUGAAAUCACAUCGUUGGAUACGGUCAAAGCGUUGUUCGUUCGAUCGUUUCCUAAACAACUCACUAUGGAGUAUUUAGAUUCGCGUCGAGUGAAAAUCUACAUACACGAUUCCAACAAAGAUAUGUUUUACGAGUUGGAAGAUUUAAGAUCUCAUUUAAACGAAAUUCGCGAUCGUUCUGUCCUAAGACUGUACGAAUGUGCGGAUGUUGCCGGAGGCAGUUUACCAGCCGGCUUGUCGGCUCAAUCUCAUAUGUGGGUCGAUCAAGAUCAGUCGUAUUUCAGCGAACCGGAAUUCGAUUCCGAAUUUCAACAUCAACAUAUUCAUAAAACAAAGGGGAACAAAAGUAAUCUCGCUCAUCAGCCGUGUUAUAUGACUCAUUCUUUUCCACCUGGCACAUCGGCAACCCUACCCAGAGGCGUCGGUGCAGGAGCAUCUCUUACUAGACCUUUUUCAUCGAUGCUUCCAAAUUCAACGAAGCCUCACGCGGGGUUUAUGUCGUCGCCGGAACGAGCGCCGGCGCCUAACCGUAGCUAUAAUUCGUACGGUCGUAAUUUAUACGAAGAUCCCUACUAUUCGCAGUACGGAAUUAGGUCGUCUUCCAUAACGCCAAUUAUCGAUGAAGAAACUAGUGACACUGAAUUACUGGAAGAUGGGUACAGUUUAUACAGCGGCGUUAAAUUACCACCUUCCGGCACGGUACGCCCGGCGGCUGCUUUUGGACUUGCGACCAUGACACCAGCUGUACCACUUGACGUCACUAGGUUACGUGUAGAACAUAUGGAAAGACAACUGGCCAACUUGACAGGUUUGGUUCAGAAAGCGUUGACUCAAACCGUACCUACGCCUUCGCCUAGAGAUCGGGACGUAUCUUCCGCAGACGAGUCAUGUUCGAGAUCUGAUACAGAACCGCCUAAAUUGUCCAAAGCCAAAGAUAGAUCUGUUUCAUUUGAGAAAUCCGUGUCGUUUAGCGGUGAUCCGCCAGAUAUCAGUUCACCAAAGCAGCAUUCGUCUCAGCAUGCAGAAAGGGAUCAAUUUAAACCUAAGCCACUGCCGAAACCGUUAUCUCUAUCUCCGGCACCUUACGAUGGUAGAACUGUAUACAGAGAUUUACAACUAACCCCGGAAAUGUACAAUCAGCUGAGAGGCUUGCAGAAGAAAGCCAGAGAUUUAAGACAGGAAGCUCGAAGUCUCAGGCGGAUGUCUCAAGCGCAGGCUCACGCAGUGAAAGAAACCGUUAGAGAUACCUAUAUUAAGAUAAGAUCCAUGAUAAUGAGUGGUGGCGAAUGUCUGUGGUCGGGAGGCGCCGAUUCUGAAAGAAUUAAAAUCAGUAGAGCGGAAGAAGUUUAUAGACAAGAAAUCAUUAAACUUGAAGAUGAUUUAACAGAACUUGAAAGAACAGUAGAAAAAUUGAGAAGUAAUGUUAUCAAUAGAAAAACCAGAGUGAACAUGUCCGAUGUUGAAAAUAUGGCAUUAAUCUUGAGUAAAUCAAGCAAAACAGUGGCCGAUUUGAAAUUGAAAUUUCCUUUGCUCCAAAACGCGAUGAAAUCCCUGAUGACGUUGGAAAUGGAAAGGAUCGUAACGGAAGAAACAUUCUUGAAGGAAGAGCCCGAUAGACUAGAAAGCGCGCUGAAAAGGUGUAAGAAGUUGACUGGAACUUUAGUUACACUCAAAAGACUAGCGUCUGUACAAGAGCAAAGAUUGCCAGAUAAUUGCUUAUCGCCUACUACGGAUGAAACUCCUCCAGUUACUCCUACUUUGGGAAAGUGCGAUGGAUCGAGUGAUGUCAUGGGAUCCCCAGGUUGCGGCGGCGAUGCUGGAGGAAGAUAUGAUGGCAGUGACCUAGGUGAUGCGAAGAGCACGCUCGACUCUUUGCUAGACGAAUUGCAAAAAACAUCGUCGUCUUUGAAAAGUGCUAUUCACACCCACACCAAUGGAACAUUACGCCAGCUGCAUUCGUUCCCAUCAUCUGAUUACAAACCUCCGGUGCCCGAACGUAACGUCGACUCUAGUGGUAAACGUAUACCUCCUCCACCGCCUCCGAGGACCAGCUCAAAAUCUCCGCUAGCCUCGCCUACCAAUCCGAGCGCUCCGGUACGUUUAAAUUAUAGUCCAAUACGUAAAGGAUCAUUGGGAUCUUUGACUAAGGUGUUGAAAGAUAAAUUAGAGCAACCUUGCGCUUCUACAUCCUCCAGUUGCGAAUCUAUUAACUCUCAAGAAGGCGUACAGCAGUCUCAGCAAAGACAAGAACAGCUCGAGUUGAGGCAUCAAGAACUGCUCAAGAAACAAAAAGCUCUGCAGGAGCAGUACACUAGGCUGCAACAGUUACAGAAAACUUCCCCUCCUGAUUUGCUGCAGCUCAAGAAAACCGGCAGCGAGAGUGAUAUUUUAGCCAAAAUGGACUUAGGACUGACCAUUACACCCAUUUCUGCUAGUUUAUCCUACUUAGUCACUGAAACCAAUGAUCAGAAUUCAAAUAACCACACUUCCCACUCGCUUGCCAGUAAGCCGGCAGUUUACGAAACCGAUAUAUUGUAGGUAGGUAGAGGUACUAGGUACUACGAGGAGGUGUACUCCAUGGUAGUUAUGAGUUAUGACCAAUUUUGGCCAUGAUGAUGAUAAUGAAUAAUACCUAAUAACUGUUGUCACUCUACCAGUGAUACAUAUUAUCGCACCUCGGGAGUAAUAAGGUGACAUCUCAAAAAAGUGGAAUUUUACAGGAGAGUGGUUUUCUUUUUUUUUUUUAAAACUUGAUUCAUUAUUUUUAUCAACUUAUAAUUAAUUGUGAGGAAUGAAUAGCACCUCAUUUUAAAGAUCUGAUAUCCUACCUUCAUUUAGCAUAAUAAGAACACUUUGAAAAAUAAAAAUAAUAAAAUCUUAAACAGGAAAUAUUUCAAUGUUUGGAAAACAUUUUGAGUUAGAACCUUUCAUUAAAGUUGAUGUGGAGGCGAAAUGAAGCGUCCAAAAAAAAAAUUCAUUAUAACAAAGUUCAAAGUUGUAGAGAAUUAAAUUUCCAAUCGGAAUCGACAUAAUGUCGUUAGUUUUUUUCUAGAGUGCUUAGUUUUUGAGUUUUUCUCAAAAAACUAAAAUUUCAUGAUAUGUGCAAAUUCAUUUUUCUGAAAAGUGAUCAAUUUAAAAAAAAUUUUCCAUUUGGUACAAACCAAUAAAAAAUGCAUUCCUUGUGACUAUUUCUAAGUCAUUCUAACUGACAAACAUUCAAAACAAUCAAGACUGUUUGUUAACACUUGACACUUUGUAUGUACGAAAUUUGCUCAAAAAAGGUGGAGUUUUUUGAGAUGUACCCUUAUAACUCUGAACAACUUGCAAUGUUGUUGGGAUUUUGAGUUAGGCCAUUUGGGUUUUUUACAUGAUCUAGAUAAUGUACCCAACUCAAAGUGUUAUUUUUGGUUGAGGGGGGUCAUACAAGCCCCAAAAAUGCAAAAACAUCAAAAUCAAUUUUUUUUGAGAUGUCACCUUAUUACUCCUGAGGUGCGUUAUGCACUAUCGGCUGAUUGGUUAUUUCAAACACAAUUAAACCAAACCAAACUGAAAAAUUACCUUCGCUUUUUCAAAGUUAGCCUUUUCAAUGCAAAAAAUUACAAAAAAGUUGUAACCUUGUAACUUGUGCCUAUUAUGAAAUAAACCAGUCUGCAAAAGUUUACAACUCAAAAAAUGCAAACUAAUGCAGUCAUUGUGAAAAUAUCAAAGUUUAUCUUGGUAUGAAAGCGUGAUGACGAUGUACACUUUUAUUUGCACUUACCUAAUUUGUGUUGUAUGCUAUCAGGAAAUUCAACGUGGUCCAUUUUGACAUUUUUGACCAAGUUAUUUUUUUCUGUUUUUGUUUUUAUUUUUGUAUGUAUGUAUUGGUGCGUAUUUUUUGGUUUGUUAUACUUAGGUGAGUAGGUUAUAUUGGUAUUGUUUAUAUAUUUUUUUAAAAUACUGUACUUUUCAUGGAGCCUUUUUACUUUACACUUGAGAACGAUCUUCUUAGUUUUGAACGAUGCAAUCAAUCAGUUUUAAUACAAAAACGUUUACUCUAAGCUUUAAAACUUGAGUUUUUUUGUUUUUUGUUUUUUCGAUUCCAUUUUUCUGAAUAGAUAGGUAACUACAUAUGAAGAGCUCUAUUCCAAAGUGGGUCAAGUCAUUUUUAAAAAAUGCACGUUUUUUGUAGAUUUUUACUUCAAAAGUGAGUUAAGUCAUUGAUUUUUCAAAGUGAUUUUUUCAACAAGCAGUUGUUCCAUGUCCAAAGAAAGGAAAUGUACCCCGACCUUACAAAGCAGAACAAAUUUUAGCAACAAAAAUUUUAAACGCAUUUUUUGGUGAAAAAAAUGACUUAACCCACUUUGGAAUAGAGCUCUUCAUAUAUUGUUUCAAUGAUGAAUUACCUCAGUAGUGAUAUCUGGUAAACAACUUUCAUAAUACUGAUGUUUUACUGAAAAUGAUGAAAGUAAGCUCGUUUUUAAAGGAAUAAUGUAAUCAGCAUCAGCUGCAGUUAGCUGCAGUGAAGGCACUAUGCGCAUGAGAAGCAUCUGUGCAAAGUUUUUAUUUCUCUAUUGUUUCUAUUGUACGUGUUUGUUCCUUAAAUAUUAAGCAAUCUAUUCUUGAUUUCUGAAUUCAUUGGUACCUAUGUUUUAAAGCAACAUCGAUUUAUGUGCUCAAUUUGAAAAUAAAUAGCUUUCAAACUUCAAAGAUAAA